GCUGGGCAUUUUACGCAGAGACAAUUAAUUGCACGCCGGCCGUCGGCCGGGGGUUGGAUAGGGCCUCCUACGAUGGCUACGACUGGGCAUUUUACCCAAGCACAAAAAACGCGCACUUUAUUGCACACCGGCCUUCGGCCGGGGGUUGUGAUUUUGUAAUUAUCUAUACUAAUAUUAUAAAGAGGUAAAGUUUGUAAGUUUGUAAGUUUGUAACAAUUUUUUGAAAUGCGGUAAUCUUCGAAACUACUGGACCGAUUUUAAAAAUUCUUUCACCAGUAGAAUUCUACGUUAUCGGGGAGUGCUAUAGGCUAUAUUUUAUAUUUCUAUCAUAUAUAACUACUGAGAUAUCGCGGGUUUUCUCUUACAGGUCAGACCGAAAAACUUACUUAUUCGCAUGCGCUGCCUCAACCAUUGCGUAUAACUGAAAUAAAUGUAUGGAGGCUUUUUGAACCUUUAAAAGUUCUACAAAAAAGUCCGCGACACCAUAUAUCCAUCUUUUAUAUUUUAGCAGAUAUAGUACCUUUAGUACUUUAAUAAAUUAUUUAAAUUUUAAACUAAGGUUUACGUCAUUAUUUACACAACUAAACUUAAAUCCUUAUCAAAAUAAAUGAUUUAAUAAUCACAAGGAUAUUAUAGAGAUAAUAUUUGCCCUUUACAGUAUGUUAAUUAGUGUUAUUAUGUGGGUAGUAUUUUAAUCGGCUUGACGCGGCUGCGCCCGCGCCGUCAUGUGGCAGUCCGGAUUAUAGACUAAUCACGUAUACAGUGUUUCAUUUCCAUCCAUAUAAAUAUUAGAGAAAUAACAGUGGCGACGAGUUAUUACGAAUUAUUACGCGUGUAAACAUGGAAAAAGUAUCAGUUGGAUUGAUAACAGUGUUUAACCACGAACAGCAAGACUGGGACUUGUAUAAAGGACGGUUAGAACAAUGGUUCCUAGCGAACGAAAUAAACGAUACCGACGACAAGUCGGGUGUGAAGCGCCGGGCGAUCUUACUAAGCAGCUUAGCGGAAACGACGUUUAAACUCAUAAGGGAUUUAGCACUACCUAAUGAGGUUGGAUCUCUUUCAUACCAGCAAGCGGUAUCGUUACUUGAUGGCCAUUUAAAAUCAAAAAAAUGUGGGUUCUCGGAACGGUUCAAGUUUCAUGGUGCCCGGCAAGAACACAGUGAGUCCAUUAGCGAGUGGGCUGCCCGUGUACGUGGUUUAGCAAUGGAUUGCAAGUUCCCCACAAGUGUUUUAAAUGAAAUGCUGCGCGACCGGUUCGUCCUUGGGAUGGUUCACGGCAAGGUUCGGGAGCGAUUGUUCGAAAAGUCUUUAGAAGGGCUCACAAUGGAAAGGGCGGUACAAGUGGCUGAAAGUGUGCAUUGUGCCGUAGAAGGUGCGCGGCAAGCGGUCCCACAGUCACAGGUUCAGGAUUUGACCUUCUCGCCAGUCGUCGAGGUGCACAAAGUGUCGGCCCAACCGGCCGGCUCUCAAGGUAGAAAAGUGACAAGUGCUAAUAAAGGAAGUGUCGUUAAUUCCGAGUCGGUAAUUAAAAAUAAUAGGAAGUGUGAAGUGUGCGGAUCCGUAAACCACGGGAAUCAAGUGUGUAGAUACAGGUUUUACACCUGUAGGCGGUGCAGGGUCAAAGGUCAUUUGGCGCGCGUCUGUGUAGCAGACAGAGGGCGCGACCAACAACAUUUCUUACAAUAUUGUACGGAAUCUCGGGCGGAUGGCGAUGAUGUGUUCGCAGAUUAGGCACUAUGAUGGGAAAAGAAAAAUAGAUUUUAUAAUUGGUGAAGUUGUGUUAAUAAAAACUUAUAAUAAACCAGUCAGUGUCUGGGCUAAAGGCAUUAUAUUGAGAAAACUAGGCCGGUCCGUGUACGUAGUGAGACUUACAGAUAGUAAUGUGGAAUUUAAAAGACAUAAGAGUCAAAUUUGUAAAUUGAAGGGGGAAAGAGAGGUCACGGUUGAUGAAGAGAUCAUUGCGAGUAACGAGAACGAGUCAGGUCCAAAUGCCAUAUUACCUCCGGUGAUAUUGAAGUCGCAACCAACAGGUUCUCAGACUCGGACGGCAGUAGUAGAACCGGCAACCUGUGGUAGUGAGAUUACUAACCAGAGUCCAGAGAUACCGCAUAUGAGACCAAAUCAAGAAACAAACCCAGACCCAAGCACUUCGACAUCUCCGACUCAUACAGCCGUCCAUUCACCGGAUGCUAGAACCCCCAGAUCCAAGCGGGCUCGCAAGCCUAUACAUUUAGACUACAGAAAAUAUUUCUGAUAAUUAUUUUUUAAUUUGUGUAAUUGUAAACUAUUGGUGGAGGGAUGUUAUUAUGUGGGUAGUAUUUUAAUCGGCUUGACGCGGCUGCGCCCGCGCCGUCAUGUGGCAGUCCGGAUUAUAGACUAAUCACGUAUACAGUGUUUCAUUUCCAUCCAUAUAAAUAUUAGAGAAAUAACAAUUAGUUAUAUAGUUUCGGAGAUAAUACAAAAUUUCUGAAAGUCGCAGAAAUGCCGCUAUAUAACGCCCCGCGGUUUCAAUGACGUGGUUCCCGUUCCCGUAUGAAUAUGAGGACCAAACAUAGCCUAUGACACUCGCAAAUAAUGUAGCUUUCUAUUGGUAAAAGAAUUUUCCAAAUCGGUCCAGUAGAUCCAGAGAUUACCCCCGGCAAACACACAAACUUUACCUCUUUAUAGUAUUAGCAUAGAAGUCGCUUGGGAAAUUAUAGUCUUUUGGUCAUUGCACCACGCACAAAAGGCUGGACCAAUUUUGCUGAGGGUAGGGAUAGGAUAGAGGUAGGGAAGGGGUAGGAUAGAGGUAGGGUAGGGGUAAUUUAGGGAAAGUGUA